AUGGCGCUGAGUACGACUCGGCGGACUCCGCGGCAGCGCCGCGCACCGACGCUCGCCGCGUCGCCGUGGCCACUCACCGCGGCGGUGGUGACGGUUGUCGCAAUGGCUGCCGUCACGGGGGUGGACGGUUCAAUUCUGCAGGACUCCCAAGUGCAAUUCCUGAGGGACUGCCAGGGCGCGUGGGGCAAUCCGUCGCAGACGUGGACAGACGACUCCGACUGGGACUGCGACAUGCUCGAGUUCCUCAUCUGCGAUCCAUACGGCAUGAUCCUCUCCCUGGGAAUUGUGAACAAGCAACUGCCAGGACCUAUCCCUGACUCUAUCAGCAACCUCGACAAGCUUGAGAGUUUAAUUUUGUCACAAAGGGGCAUCACCGGCUCGCUGCCAGCAACCAUAGGAGGCCUUACCUCACUUCAGAUCUUAGACUUGGGUCGCAACACCGGCAUGUCGGGGUCUCUUCCAACACACAUUCUGAAUCUCAACAGCCUCACUUACUUGAGCAUGAGGGGAUGCAACCUCCAGGGCUCCCUGCCAGCAGGCAUGGGUGCUAUGGUCAGCCUUGCGUAUAUAGAUGUGUCGUACAACAGCCUCACUGGGCCCAUUCCAGAGUCCCUGGGAGAUCUCGCCUCACUUACCUGGCUGACCCUGAGCUCCAACCAACUGUCUGGCGACAUCCCUGCUGAACUAGGAUCGCUUCUCAGCCUCUUCUACCUGCAGCUAAGUGAGAACGAGCUGAGUGGAAGCAUCCCGGAGAGUCUCUUCUCACUCGCGAAUCUAUUCACGCUGGCUCUUGACAUGAACCAGCUCACUGGCACAAUCUCUGCACUCAGCAACCUUGUCAACUUAGUGAGCCUGUCACUGGCAUCGAACCAUCUGUACGGCUCCAUUCCUGACAGCGUCACCAACCUUGCUGCUGUACGCACAUUUGAUCUCUCCCACAACUUCUUCACAGGUCCGAUGGUGAAGCCUCCUGGAGCGGCAGCAGAUCUUUCCAGCAACUACCUCUCGGGUGCUCUCACAGAGCAACCGAGUGACGACGCGGUGGGCGCCAACUGCUUUACCUCGUCGCCUGCAGGGGCCACCUGGUUGCCGGAGCAGCGGCCCGAGGCAGUUUGCCGGGCAUUCUGUGGCAUCUCCAUGCGCGCGAAUGCUGCUGCUGCUGGUGCUGCUUGUGGUGGCCGUGGGCUGUGCUAUCCCGACGGGCCUAGCUUGGCGCCCACCUGCUUGUGUGACGCGGGGUUCGUUCAGUUUGGAAGCAUUUACUGCCUUGCGGAAGGCUCUGUCCUAACCUCCCCUGUGGACAGCAACAUUCUCCCGCCAGCAACCUUGCUCACUAAGGGAACGAGGAAGGAAACCAAGGGGGCGUUCACAGAAGAACCAGUGACCCUGUUUGUGUUUGAGAAAGGCCGCGAGGACGAAGGGUGCCGGUUCGAGCUGGGAUUUACUGUCAACUUCACCUUCUCCCUCUCGCCCAAAGGCAAGGCGGGGUCCAACGGGUUUGCGUUUGUGGUGUCGGCAACAAGCACGGUGGGGAGCAGCGAUGGAGUGGGGUAUGGCGGCAUGGACCCUCGCAGCAUGGCCAUCGAGUUUGACGUGCUUCAGAACAAGCCGAAUGGCGACAUGAAAGAGCAGCACGUGGGGUUGAAUGUCAAAGGGAUCGAAAAGUCCAUUGCCGCUGUGAAGUCCCCUUUCUCGCUGCUCAACAAGCAGGCAUACACGGCAUGGGUGGGCUAUGAGCCUGGCGAUCCCGGCACCAUCCAGGUCUUCCUGGCAAAGGGGGCAGUGACGCGGGCAGCCACGAAUGCAGGGAAGCCGGCAAAGCCGCUGCUGGAGAGGCGGCUGUCGCUGUGUGAGGUGCUGCGGGGCGGGGAGGAGGAGCAGCUGCAGGCGUUCUACUUUGGCUUCGUGGCGUCCACCACUGUCAAGCCGUUCACGACCCAAGUCAUUCUCAACUCUGCCAUGCAUGCAGACCUUCCACCACCACGGCCGCCAGUGGACAUCACUCCAUGUAAGAUCCCUCCUCUCUCCCUUAUCCCUUGUCCUCUCUCCCUUAUCCCUUGUCCUCUCUCCCUCAUCCCUUGUCCUCUCUCUCUUAUCCCUUGUCCUCUCUCCUUUAUCCCUUGUCCUCUCUCCCUUAUCCCUUGUCCUCUCUCCCUUAUCCCUUGUCCUCUCUCCCUUAUCCCUUGUCCUCUCUCCCUUAUCCCUUGUCCUCUCUCUCUUAUCCCUUGUCCUCUCUCCUUUAUCCCUUGUCCUCUCUCCCUUAUCCCUUGUCCUCUCUCCCUUAUCCCUUGUCCUCUCUCCCUUAUCCCUUGUCCUCUCUCCCUUAUCCCUUGUCCUCUCUCUCUUAUCCCUUGUCCUCUCUCCUUUAUCCCUUGUCCCCUCUCCCUUAUCCCUUGUCCUCUCUCCCUUAUAUCCCUUGUCCUCUCUCCCUUAUCCCUUGUCCUCUCUCCCUUAUCCCUUGUCCUUUCUCCCUUAUCCCUUGUCCUCUCUCCCUUAUCGCUUGUCCUCUCUCCCUUAUAUCCCUUGUCCUCUCUCCCUUAUCCCUUGUCCUCUCUCCCUUAUCCCUUGUCCUCUCUCCCUUAUCCCUUGUCCUCUCUCCCUUAUCCCUUGUCCUCUCUCCCUUAUCCCUUGUCCUCUCUCCCUUAUCCCUUGUCCUCUCUCCCUUAUAUCCCUUGUCCUCUCUCCCUUAUCCCUUGUCCUCUCUCCCUUAUCCCUUGUCCUUUCUCCCUUAUCCCUUGUCCUCUCUCCCUUAUCGCUUGUCCUCUCUCCCUUAUAUCCCUUGUCCUCUCUCCCUUAUCCCUUGUCCUCUCUCCCUUAUCCCUUGUCCCCUCUCCCUUAUCCCUUGUCCUCUCUCCCUUAUAUCCCUUGUCCUCUCUCCCUUAUCCCUUGUCCUCUCUCCCUUAUCCCUUGUCCUUUCUCCCUUAUCCCUUGUCCUCUCUCCCUUAUCGCUUGUCCUCUCUCCCUUAUAUCCCUUGUCCUCUCUCCCUUAUCCCUUGUCCUCUCUCCCUUAUCCCUUGUCCUCUCUCCCUUAUCCCUUGUCCUCUCUCCCUUAUAUCCCUUGUCCUCUCUCCCUUAUCCCUUGUCCUCUCUCCCUUAUCCCUUGUCCUUUCUCCCUUAUCCCUUGUCCUCUCUCCCUUAUCCCUUGUCCUCUCUCCCUUAUCCCUUGUCCUCUCUCCCUUAUAUCCCUUGUCCUCUCUCCCUUAUCCCUUGUCCUCUCUCCCUUAUCCCUUGUCCUCUCUCCCUUAUCCCUUGUCCUCUCUCCCUUAUCCCUUGUCCUCUCUCCCUUAUCCCUUGUCCUUUCUCCCUUAUCCCUUGUCCUCUCUCCCUUAUCGCUUGUCCUCUCUCCCUUAUAUCCCUUGUCCUCUCUCCCUUAUCCCUUGUCCUCUCUCCCUUAUCCCUUGUCCCCUCUCCCUUAUCCCUUGUCCUCUCUCCCUUAUAUCCCUUGUCCUCUCUCCCUUAUCCCUUGUCCUCUCUCCCUUAUCCCUUGUCCUUUCUCCCUUAUCCCUUGUCCUCUCUCCCUUAUCGCUUAUCCUCACAUUCCUGCAUCUGCCGUGCUGCCCUCCCCCUCCUCUCUCCCUCUCGUCCCUCUGCCAGACGUUCAAGUACCAGGACCCUGCCUGCUACAGUGGCAACCUGAACCACGUGGUGCUCCUAGUGGGUUACUACAUUCUCCGAGACGACGGCAGCCAGAGCCGCAUUGCGCCGCCGUUUUGGAUCAUCCGCAACUCGUGGGGCGAGGAGUGGGGAGACAGGGGCCACAUGCGCAUGGACAUUCAGGGAGGGGAUGGCGUGUGUAGCAUCAACGUGCUGCCUGGCAUCUACCCCAUUGUCAAGAUCGCAGGGGAUCCGUGUGGCAGCAAGAGCUACAAGGGCGAUGGUGACUUGCAGCCCAGCAUGAACCCGUGCGGCCGAUUCACCUGCACAGCCAUUGCUAAGACCAACAGCAACACCUGCACCUGCUCGCUCCCCUCUGAGACCAAGCAGCCCUUUGUGGAGGUUGCAAACGGCUAUGGCAAUACAUGUGCCUAUGUGGACGUGUGUGGGUCGUACUUCAAGAACCCCUGUGCCGUGGGCACAUGCAUCAACGAUGGCAAGGGCUCCUACUCCUGCAUCUGCCCUCCCAACCACGUCCCCAGCCGAACCAUUGAUGACUUCCCCACCUGCGACCCAGCCAAUGGAACGGCCACAAGCCUUACAGUGAGCGGCGACAAGUGGGCGUGCGCUGAUGUGUUUGGCCUCGUGGGGCUCUCCUCCUCCCACUUCGCCCAGCAGAAUCCGGAUAUCAACUGCUCUCAGCCUCUGCUGAAGGAUGCGGUGCUUCGCAUUGCCGGCACUCCUGCCAUCCCUUGCACGGGAUUCUUCUACACGCUCAAUGGCGACAAGUGUGUGACGAUCGCCUCCUCAGUAGGUAUAACCAAGGACAAUCUCAUGGCACUCAACCCCGGCCUUGACUGCACCCAAGCCAUCAAGCCCGGCCGCUCGCUCUGUGUGGAGCGCAACGCCACAUACGCCUACACGGCCCCUGAAUGUUUGAAGUACGCCACGCUCACAGCGCAGGACACCUGUGAGCGCCUGCUCAAGGGGCCAGGAGUCGACAAGGUUGAGCCCUCCUCCUGGGCUGCGCUCUACCGCAACAACCCCGGCCUCGUCUGCUCCAACACCGUCCCUGGCUCUGUCUCGGCUGUUGGCAGCAACAUUGGCGUGCAGAAUACUGGUCAUUUACACUCGGCAAGUGCACAAAAGGCCGGCCCAAGUCGGUGUCGCCAUCGCUCACAUGCUCCGGUGCUUACCGCUUCUAUGCCAACAGUGGCAUGA